GCCGCAGCCGCAGCCGCUACCUUCGGUCCUCAGGCGGCCUCCGCCCGUGUCCCUGCUCUGCUGCGGACGAGGCGGAGGUCUGAGGGCCACAAGCGGAGGUGGCAGAGAGCAGGCGUCAGCAGUUCCGCACACCCACCCAGCGCCGGCCUGCGGCUUGAGGACCAUGGCAGAUAAUCUGAGUGAGACUUUGAAGAAACUGAAGAUAACAACUUUUGACCAAACUGAGGAUAGUUUAGAAGGAUGUUUGGAUUGUCUUCUUCAAGCUCUGGCUCAAAAUAAUAUGGAAACAAGUGAAAAAAUCCAAGGAGGUGGAAUACUUCAACUAUUUGCAAGUCUGUUGAUCCCACAAUCUACUUGCACAGCCCGAGUAGCUAACGUCAUAGCAGAAGUAGCCAAAAAUGAAUUUAUGCGAACUCCAUGUGUUGAUGCUGGAUUAAUUUCACCUCUGGUGCAUCUGCUAAGUAGCAAAGAUCAGGAAGUGCUGCUUCAAACUGGCAGGGCCCUUGGAAACAUAUGCUAUGAUAGCCAUGAGGGCAGAAGUGCAGUUGACCAAGCAGGUGGUGCACAGAUUGUAGUUGACCAUUUAAAGUCCUUGUGCAGUGUAGCAGACCCCGCCAAUGAGAAGCUCUUGACUGUCUUUUGUGGCAUGCUGAUGAACUAUAGCAAUGAGAAUGAUUCCCUUCAAGCUCAGCUUAUUAAUAUGGGUGUUAUUCCUACCUUAGUGAAAUUACUGGGUAUCCACUAUCAAAAUACAGCUCUUACUGAAAUGUGUCUUGUUGCCUUUGGCAAUUUAGCAGAACUUGAGUCAAGUAAAGAACAGUUUGCCAGUACAAAUAUUGCUGAAGAACUGGUAAAGCUAUUCAAGAAACAAAUGGAACAUGACAAGAGGGAAAUGAUUUUUGAAGUUCUUGCUCCAUUAGCAGAAAAUGAUUCUAUUAAACUCCAGCUGGUUGAAGCGGGCUUGGUAGAGUGUCUACUAGAGAUUGUCCAACAGAAAAUGGAAAGUGAAAAGGAGGAUGAUAUUGCUGAGCUCAAAACUGCUUCAGAUCUAAUGGUUCUGUUACUUCUUGGAGAUGAAUCCAUGCAGAAAUUAUUUGAAGGAGGGAAAGGUAACGUGUUUCAAAGGGUACUAUCCUGGAUUCCAUCAAAUAACCAACAGCUGCAACUUGCUGGAGCUUUGGCAAUUGCAAAUUUUGCCAGAAAUGAUGGGAAUUGUAUCCAUAUGGUAGACCAUGGAAUUGUUGAAAAGCUUAUGAGUUUGUUGGACAGACAUGUAGAAGAUGGAAAUGUGACAGUGCAGCAUGCAGCACUGAGUGCCCUCAGGAACUUGGCCAUUCCAGUUGUAAAUAAAGCAAAGAUGUUAUCAGCUGGAGUCACAGGAACAGUUUUGAAAUUUCUUAAAUCUGAAAUGCCACCAGUUCAGUUCAAACUUCUGGGAACACUGAGAAUGCUAAUAGAUGCACAAGCAGAAGCUGCGCAGCAACUGGGACAGAAUGUAAAGUUGGUGGAGCGUUUGGUAGAGUGGUGUGAUGCCAAAGAUCAUGCUGGUGUGAUGGGGGAGUCCAACAGGCUGCUCUCGGCCCUUAUACGACACAGUAAAUCAAAAGAUGUAAUUAAAACCAUUGUACAAAGUGGUGGUAUCAAGCACCUAGUUACCAUGGCAACUAGUGAACAUGUAAUAAUGCAGAAUGAAGCCCUUGUUGCUCUAGCACUAAUCACAGCUUUAGAAUUGGGUACUGCUGAGAAAGAUCUAGAAAGUGCUAAACUUGUACAGAUUUUACAUAGACUGCUCGCAGAUGAGAGAAGUGCUCCUGAAAUCAAAUAUAAUUCCAUGGUCCUGAUAUGUGCUGUUAUGGGUUCUGAAUCCCUAUACAAGGAAAUACAGGAUUUGGCUUUCAUAGAUGUUGUUUCCAAACUCCGAAGUCAUGAGAACAAAAGUGUAGCACAGCAGGCAUCUCUCACAGAGCAGAGACUCACUGUGGAGAGCUGAGACCUGCGCUCCUGAUCCACAUCAUCCCAUCUCUGAUCUCCUUUUGCCUCCACCCAGCUGUCUCUUCUGCUUUCUUCUCUGCCGUCCACCUGCUCAUGCAUGUGAUACUCCAGUACCAAGAACUGGUGUACCUCCCCACUAAGGUUUCUAAACCCAUAGUUAAUGUGAACAUGAGUUUGUCAGAAACAGGUUUCCAUCCCUAACUGUUCUCCUGUAUUCCUGAUGCCUAAGCUACAUUAAGUAGAAUGUGCAUGUUUUAGUCCUAUGAUGAUGUAAACUUGGCACUACAUAAUGACUUCAUUUCUUACAGUUGGUAAAUGGUAUAAUAAUGUGCUGGUAACUUAAAAACAAACAAGAAUGCAGCAGAAUCUGUCUAGAUUACUAAAUAUGGAAUUGAAUAGUUAAAAAUUGAAAAGCUCCAUUUUAUUUUACCAUUUUACUUUUUUAUUUCAUUUGCUGUUUUACACAGUGACACAAAUACUGUUUAUUUAUCUAGUCUUGCUAAUAUCAGACCCAUGGUCCUGAGGAUAAAGCAGAAUCACUGCAUUCUCUUUAUCCUGUAGUUUCUAUUUCCUGAUCACGCAGAUUCUUGAAACAUUCUCAAACCUGACAAGAAUUCUCAGGGUUUAUUUUAUUUUAUAUUUAUUUGGCUAUAUUCAGUAACUUGAUAUUGAAAAGUCUUAUAGUUUUUCAGCAUGAUAAAAGAGGUUUAAGAAUCUUUAUUAUAUUAGUACAUCUUGGGUUUUGCCUCAUUGAUUGGAUUGAUACACAUACAGUUCACCUCAGCAUUUCUUCCAUUAACAAUCAGCAUUGCCCAGUGUAUGACAUUUGUGUUCAUCUGGGGAAACUGAGUAUAACUCAUUAGAGAUGGACUUUGUUCUUGUUCAUUUAGCUUGAAAGUGACAAAUUUCAUCUGUCAUAGUUCUUUUAGAUUUUAUAUUUAUAGGAACUAACAGGACUUAGCAAAAAAAAAAAAAAAACGGGGGAGAAAAGAAGAUUAAGAAAUAAGUUUAUCUAAAGAAAGGAAAGUUACAAAAGCCAUAGUUUACUGUCCAGUUAAUUCUGCAAAUGGCCUCAUACCAAUAGCUGUUAGAGUUUCCUACCUCCACUUUCCAUCAAGAACUGCAGGGGAUAUUCAAGGCUAUGUGGAGAAGUGACUACACCAAGACUCAAGAUAUUACCCCUUGGGCAAAGUACAGUGCACUUUUCACUGCCACUGCCAUCUUCAAAUCAAUUUUUAGAACUUUAAAAACAACCUUUGUAAAUUAAUAAGAACAUCCCUCUGACACAACUACCUUCUCCCUUUGCCCAAGUUUGACAAAUGCUAGAUGGCCAAGUAAAAUGAGCUCUGAUAAAAGAGAGCAGCAGGACAGAACAGGCUGCCACAAGAGAAACUGUGUGACUCCACAGGGCUUCUGGGUUGGACUUAUGUCUUGGAAGUCACUAUGAUUCUAGAAAGUCAAACUUCCCUUGGAGGUAAAGAACAUUAGUGGUUCCCUGUGACAUCAAAGAAAGGUGCUAUUGUGGAGAGUGCUUGUAUUACACUCACUGUAAGAAUGCUCUUGUUUAGUGUCUCCUCCCAGACUGGAGAGUAGACUAUAUUUUAUUACAGUUUUGAAAGACAUCUGUAAUGUUGCUUAACAGGCUAUCCAUACUGAUAAUAAAUUAUAAAAUAGUAUAUUAAAUUGUAA